AUGGCCGACGAGCGCGACGUGUACCGCGCCGCCGCCGAUGAUCGAGACGCUCCUCUCCGCGCCGAAGACCCCGGCCGCGCGAAACCGCCCAAGUCCCCGCCGCCCCAACCCUACCACACCGCCACCGCUCUAUCGUCCCUCGAAAGCCGCCUCAAGGAAUCCGAAGCCCGUCGUAUCGACUCCGAGGAACGUGUUCAGCAAUUGGAGAAGUUGGUGGAGGGUUUAUUGAAAAGCUCACCUGAACCAGCUGCGGCGCGGGCCGGAGUCUCUGAACCAGCUGUGGCGAGGGCUGGAUUCUCUGAACCAGCCGCAGCGCGGGCUGGGGAGUUUACGUUUCCGCUGGUGAGAUCGGUCCCCUUGGACGUUCCCCCACACACCAUUCUGGAACGUUCAGGCAAUACCGCUGACCCCCUUGUUUGUUCCCCUGGGGGGGAAUCUCACAGCGCACGAAGGGACGGCCCUUCCUCGGCAGUAAUCAGCUCUCGUUGGAGAGGGACGUUACCUGACCGGGAAGGGCUAUGGACAGGGGAUAACCCGGAUCGGUUGGUCACUUUCACUACAUUUGGGAAGUCGUACUUGUCUCUACUUUGCGACAUUUCCACCAGCGACCUUUUUACCACCGACCGCGUCAUCCAGCUUGUGGCGACCUUGUUCGUUCGUUCCACUUCUCCCAAGCGCCGUCAGUCUCCGCACGACUGGGCCGUUGAUACUAUGACGGACGCGCUCCGGGACGAACGACCUCACUGCUGGACGACACUGAUGACAGAAGUUGGACGUCGUUGGCCGGAUCCUGGCUUUGCCGACCGAGUGUCCCACGACUUCUAUGGGUGCCGACAGUCUUCGUCUCGAGCCUACGACCAUGUGGGCGAAUGGCGUGCCCGCUACCGAGCGUUUAUGCACAACGACCCCAGCUUCAGCCUCUCGUCCCUUCAACUCGCCACAACCUUUUAUCAAUCGUUGAGUGAUGUGGCUAAGCGGGAAGUGCGGGCUGGUAUGCUGCGGGAAUAUCGGGAUAACUCACUCGUGACUAUAGGGAGGUUCGGACGAACUGUCCCGUCCCUCGAGGAGGUUACCGACUGGGCCGCCAUCGCCGACGACACCGGCACGACAUCAGUUUCGACCCCGCCGAUUCGUACUGCGACUUAUGGAGCAAUUGCGAAAACGCCACGCACCGCCCCAUCCACGCCAAACGACGACGCACGUACCCAGAUCCGUCGAGCUCGAUGGAUGAACCGCGCCGGUAAAUGGCAACAGGCCCACCUGUGGAAGGAUCGGAACACGUGGUUUUCGCCAGCAUCGGGUGGGGUACCCGCCAGCAUGGCGUGUUUUAAUUGCGGUCAAGGUGGCCAUUUCUCACAGCAUUGUACAGCGGAGCGACAAUCCCCCUCGACCGUCCAAAUAUCAGCAAUUGCCUUCGCCGACAUGGACGAGGACGAAUGGUCGUCGGCCUCAGGUGACGUUGAGGACCCCCAGGUGCGAUUCCCCCUUCCCCUCGAGACUGAUUUGACUCGACCGUCGAGUUCCGCAUCCGCCUUAGUGACGCACCACUCUUGCCCUCCUGCAGACCUUGUUGGCCGAGUGAAAGACGUUGCCUCUUCUUCUUUUGAAGUUCAGACCUCAUCAAGUAGUUCGCAUCCAACCGUGCCGGCAAAUGAUGCAGAUCAACAUCGUCUCGACGAUAGCCUGGCUGACAUCGCGAUUGACGCGGUGGAAGAUGUCUUGUACUACGCUGAUGCCGCGUCGCGCUUGUGUCAUUAUCCGGGGCCGGAAGUGGUGUCGUCUCGCAAGGCGGAAAGGACUGCUUCGGUGAGCUCUUUCCAGAUUCUUGUGCCGUCGGGUGUGUCUCUCUUGGCGUCCGCUGCGCCCCUGAUCGACAUCGACGAACCCGACCGACCUGUCGAGCCCGCCAUUGUACGCGCCCGCAACGUCAUCGCUUGGACGCUACCUUCUGGAAGGGUUUUGCGAUGUUUGAUCGACUCUGGAUCAGAGGUCGACUUGGUGGAUCAGGAGGUGGUGCGAGUCGACCCGAGCUUCGCAACGGCCCGUUUGACUGCACCAUUGCACUUGCGCCUCGGCACCCAGGAUAAGUCCGACCGAUGUGCUGUGUUCGCCACCGCUCCUUUUUCGUCUGGCGCCCUAGAUCUCGGUUUGCGACCAUUCUUCGUUUGCCGUGUAACGGCGUACGACGCCAUCUUGGGGCUGCCAUUUCUUAAGGACACAGGCAUGCUCGUUGGUUGGGGCGUCUUCACCGUCGCGCGCACCGGCCCUUCGCAACCCGUCGCCCAGGAUACGCACGAAUGGGACCGAGCCGUCACCGUAGCACCUAUCUUAUCCAGUUCUGCCAUUGGCUGCAAUCACCCUGGGUUGCUUCCCGACGACGAGAUCAUCGGCCUCGAGCCACACAACCCGCUGCUCGAUGUCGUCGACGAUCCGGCACUCGACGAUUUCUCUGAGUCCGAAGCACGAACACGAUUGGCUGCCUUACUCGAGAAAUUUUCUGAUGUGUUCGUAGAUUUGCUACCGAUGGACCAACUCCCACCGUACCGGCCAGUCAACCACGAGAUCCCGUUGAUCAAUCCCACCGAAAAGGUCAAACCCCGGGUAUACCCCCUUGCCGACAAAUAUCGCAGCCAGUGGGCGGAACACUCAGCUAAGUACACUCGUGGUCGAUUCUGGGUUUCGGGUCCGAUCGAUUCUGCGGCUCCGGUCUUUGCCAUUCCGAAGAAGAACUCCCAGACGGCUCGUUUCGUGAUCGACCUCCGCGCGCGCAACAGCAACACCGUCAAGCGUUUUUCGCCCAUCCCGGACAUGACCAAUGUUCGAUACGAGGUGGCUCGAUCGCGUUAUCGCUCUAAAUUCGACGUGGCCGCGGCAUUUGAGCAGGUUCGGGUCAUACCGGAGCACGUCGAUCGCACCGGCUUCGCAACGGUGACGGGCACGUACACGUCGCGGGUCAUGCAGUUUGGUGACACCAAUGCGCCCAAUACCCUCAACCUCUUAACCUCGGCGAUGUUCCAGCCGUGUCUCCCGUUCGCCAAGAUCUUUUUCGACGAUGUCCACGUCCAUUCCGAUACCCGUCGCGCGCACUUGAGACACAUCAAGAUCCUGCUGAUGACAUUGAGACAUUACCGGUUCUACUUAGGAUCCAAGAAGUCCGAGUGGUUCUCAAAGUCGUUGGACUCCUUGGGCACCAUCAUUUCCGACGUCGGCAUCGAAGUCGACCCCGCCAAGUGGGUGCGUAUCCGUCAGUGGCCGAUCCCGUGCAACAAGACCGAUGUCCAGCGCUUCCUCGGCACCGUCAACUGGAUGCGAGAUCACCUACCGCACCUCUCAAAGAUUUUGGAGCCGAUCACCGCGUUAAUGGCGCAAUCGACGUCAUGGCGUUGGAACGAGCGAGAACAGCAGGCUUUCGAUACCGUCAAGUCCCUUGUGCCCGCCAUCCUACGACCGAUCGAUGGCGCCAAGGUUACCUCGGGCGAGCACAAGAUGUACCUCUUCACGGAUGCCAGUCGGGUUGGCAUUGGCGCUUGUUUGGCGUCCGGGCCCAACCGUUCGCAGGCCGUUCCAACGCGAUUCUUUUCCGCUAAGUUCAACGGUGCUCAGCUCAACUAUCAUGUCACUGAUAAAGAGUUCUUGGCUGUUGUCUCGGCGUGUCGGGCGUUCGAGCAGCACUUGAUCGGUUACCCCUUCGUCAUCGUCACCGACCAUCAGGCCCUUCGCACGAUAAAAACUGACAGGCAACGUCGGAGGGGAUGA